AUUUCAUGUUGAAAUGGGUGUAAAGUUUAUGACAAGGCAAUAAAAUAACAAUCAUUUGUAGAAGUUGUUUAUUUCAUUGGGACUUAUUCGUAGACAAUACUUGCAGAAAUCAUUUCAAUUUCUAAUUAUAAUUUUCCAAACAUGAAUAAAUUUGAAGUGAUACUUUUGUUAGCCGUUUUCUUGAAAACAAUGACCAUAACCGCAUUUUCGGAGUCCACAGACACGGCUAUGUUUCAGCAAACUGACGACAAAAUACUAGACAUCCUCGAUGACUUAUUCAUUGCAUUGAAAAUUAAUAGAAACUUCUCAAAACUCAAAAACGUACAAGAGUAUAUGUCCAAGCACAGUCUUAUACAAGACGCGCUUUAUAAAAACCAUAAAAAAUAUAAAGAAACACGCGAUAUAAGUAAAACGAAUAUUAGCCAUAAAAUUGCUUAUUACAUUUCAAACAUUAACGAAGUUGUUGACGAAAUGAUAAGGAAUGAAAUUGUAAUAAAAGACGAAAAUUACCAGAAUGACGACAACACAUUGAGUGAAAGACAAGACAUUGUUAACUUAGCAAGAAGAUUUAAUUUAAAUAUCAAAACACUUGCUGCAAGUGUUCUUAAGUUACCAAGCACAAAUAAUCUUAGCAAAGAUGAGGCGCGGCGUAUCUUCGAAGGCAGUAGCACGGGAAUCAAGCGAUAUCCGUUCAUGGUGAGCGUGCACGUGGCGGGGCGCUUCGUGUGCGCCGGCUCGCUGGUACACGAGAGCUUGGCGCUCAGCGCAGCCUCCUGUCUCAUGCGUCCUUCAGAUUUAAAUGCACACGUCCAAAUCCGCGUGGCCAGUGACUUCGUCAGCAAAAAGGGCCACCUCAUCAACAUAGACGAGCUCAUCUUCCAUCCUCAGUUCGACCGGAAAACUCUGGCUAACAACUUAGUGCUUCUACGGGCGAGGAAAGCACUGCGGUUCAGAAAACAACACGUGGUAGCCAUCCAGUACGACACGGCGGCAGCAAGCGCUCUGAAACCCAGUGUAGAAAACGUCGUCAUACUGGGCUGGGGUCGAAGAAAGACAGAUGAAGCAGACCUCCGUGAAGAAGACAGACCGCUUUCGGAAGCAAAAGUCGAACUUUACGACUUUAGUGCCUGCCAGUAUAUCUACACAAAAGAUUUCGUUACUGAUAAGGCUUUCUGCGCUGGGUUCGUUGACCGAGGCGCGGGCGCAUGCAACCACGAUGCCGGCGGACCGGCGCUGGUGGACAACGUAUUGGUUGGAGUUAUCAGCUUCGGCUCCCCACACUGCGGCGCCGCUGAAGCACCAACGGUGUUCACUCGCGUCGGCCCCUAUGACAAGUGGAUCGGAAGCGUGUUCCAGAAGCUUGCCCAGAAUUCAAAAAUCACAUCGGUGACAAAUGAACUGAGGGACUUUACUGAAAAUUAUGAAAAGGAGGAAAUUCUAAACUUAGACGAAGCUAUGAAGGAUGUAUACCGAGAGAACUUCAAUGUCAAUGACGUACUUUACGGACCGAUAGAGACUUUAGACGAAAACGAAAACCCUAUCGUAUUUAACCAAUCAUUCUUGCGUGAUUUCCCAAGCGACCAAAGCUUGUUCCCUAAUCCAGAAUUUGUGGCAAACUUACAAACUGAAACUCCGAAACCAAUUAUCCCCGAGAUACCAGACGAGUACUGGAGAGAUGUGUCGUCAAACGAACAGACAGAUCCGACAAGCGAGAAUUAUGCACCUGAAGAUCAACAUGAUGCAAGAACAAUGACAACAAAUUUAGCAUAUAGCUCACAAGGUAUUUACGAAGACAUCGACGAGUCUACAAAUGAAUAUAUUACAACAGAAGCAAGUUUGGGUGAAAAUUACUUUGACAAUACACUUAAUUACAUCAAAACAAACCCUGGAGAAAACUGUGCUAUUGAAUAUAUUUCAUGCAAAAAAGGUAAUAAGAAAGGACCGAAAGCUUCUAAUAGUAUACUACGCGAAAAUCCAAAAGGUUUUGAUGGUAAUGAUUAUGAUCAGACAGACCCAAUAAGAUAUCAAUACCCAGGAAGAGACCAAAUUGAACUAAAGCAAUCAAGAAAAUCUAAAAUUGAAAGUGUUCAAGAAGAUGAAAUGGCAGUAGUUGUAAUGUUGGAUUCUGGUACUACUGAGAGAAUUGAAGUGCAUAAGAACGAUCCCGUUUACGAAAGUGGAUUUAAAGUGUUAGAAGCCAAAAUUCUUCAAGCUCGGGAGCUUGUUUAG